AUUGCGAUGAGUACACACAACAUUGGUACAUUUUUACCACACUGUGAACUACGCGUGACGUGGAAUGUGUAUUGCACCUGUAGCAGAAAAGUGAGCAGAAGUAGUAGCCGUCAAGGUGUGAAUGGUUUUGGAAUAACUAGGGUGGUGUGAUACAACGUGAAUUGUUCCGAGUGUGCAUCAUAGUUUUGAAAAAAUGAGUGAUAGACAAGUUUUCAUCGUCUCAGCUGUACGAUCACCCACGGGUGCAUACAAGGGAGCAUUGUCAUCCCUCAGAGCGCAUGAAAUAGGAAGUAUCGUCAUCAAAGAGGCUCUCAUUAGAGCUAAAGUACAACCUGAGGAGGUGUCAGAGGUCAUCAUGGGACAGGCAGUAACGGCAGGACAGGGACAGAAUCCUGCUCGACAGGCUUCAGUUGGUGCUGGCAUUCCCGUCAAUGUUCCAGCUUAUCUCGUCAAUAUGCUAUGUGGAAGUGGAAUUAAGACUGUUUAUCUGGGCACUCAGUCAAUUAUGAAUCUUGACUCUGACAUAGUUGUGUGUGGUGGACAGGAAGUGAUGAGCCAAGGUCAUCACACCAUCUUUAUGAGACAAGGAACAAAUGGACAUCAACAGCUGACUGACUCUGUGGUGCAUGAUGUGCUUACAGAUGCCUUUGUUGGUGUUCUAAUGGGAAAUACUGCUGAGAAUGUUGCGAAGAAAUAUGAAAUUUCGAGGAAAGAUCAAGAUAAAUUUGCUGCAGAAUGUCAGCAGAGAGUAGAGCAUGCACAAAAGGCUGGCUAUUUUGUAAAGGAAAUUGUUCCCAUUACUGUAAAUAGUAAGAAAGGUUCAAUUGUGGUCGACACAGAUGAGCCUCCUAGACAUGGCACUACGGUAGAAGCCCUCCAGCGGUUGAAGCCAGCUUUUCAGAAGGAUGGCAGUGGUACAGUGACUGCUGGUAAUUCUUCUACGUAUGGUGAUGCUGCAGCUGCCGUGGUCCUCAUGGGUGGUGAUGUAGUCAAAAGUCGAGGAGUUUCUCCAAUUGCUAGAGUAGUUGCAUUUUCACAAGUUGGUGUGGAUCCUGCAUACAUGGGGAUGGGACCUGUCGCAGCUGUAACUUCAGCACUGAAGAAAGCAGGCUGGAACAAGGAAGAUGUUGAUUUAUUUGAAUUCAAUGAGGCAUUUGCUGCCCAGUCUGUAGCAGUCGUACGAGAACUCGACAUUAAUCCAAAUAAAGUGAAUAUCUGUGGAGGUGCAAUUGCUUUGGGACAUCCUAUUGCAGCUUCAGGUACCCGCAUCCUUGUGACUUUGCUUCAUGCACUUGAAAGGACAGGAGGACAGCGGGGAGUGGCAUCCCUCUGUGUAGGAGGCGGAAUGGGAGUUGCCAUGUGUGUGGAGCGGUGCUAACUAUACUUUUAUCAUUUCUGAUCAAGAAAAUUGUGUAUGAAUUACAAAGCUUGCGAGGUAUUUGGUAUAUCAUGUUAUCUAGUAUUAAAAAUUUUGGAAGUAUUUUACCUGAAAAGUAUUCCUCUUAAACAGUAUAUGUUAUACUUUUAUAUUUCAUUUGAAGUGCUGGGUACUUUGUAAUUAACAGUUAAAAUUGCACAUCAUUUUAUUGUACAAUAUUAAUAAAAACUGAUGAUCCAUCUAAUAAGGGAUUGACCAUUUGACCAAGAGCUGAGGCCGUACGAAACUGAAUAUUUGCUGGAAAAGACCAGAAAUCAUGCAUUACAUCAAAGUUUACAGAUUGUACUGCUAAUACAAAACAGUCUGAAUUGAUAUGGAGGCUUGAUGGAAAUGUAUCCUUCAGACUAGGACUGGCAAUUAUAAUUUAAGAACUUAAGAGUAUAUAAAUAAACACAAAUUUUAAACUGUACACUGUCACAUUAGCACAACUGAACUGAAGGCAGAAUAAACUUUUUUCUAUAUAUUAUAAACGGCAGAUGAUAUAAAAUCUCUUGUGAUCUGAGUGAAGGUUAAAUAUUCCUUGCACAUUAACUCUUGUGUGUUGUGAACUAAAAUCAAAACAAAUUCUUUCACAUCCUUCAUAACAUUCUCAGUGAGAUGCUGCAGUUUGAAGUUCAAGCACUACAUAACAUUAGUGAAAGGUUAUGUGAAUUACAUCGGUACCAAUAAUAAUUUUCAAACCAGGAUGCCAAAUUUCAUGCCAGUGGAAGCCACUCAACAUUUGCCUUCCAUCAGUAGUAAUUACGUGGUUGCUGUGCAAAGGUAAGGUAGUGUUAUGUACCUGUAACUAUAGAGUACUGAAAAAUGUAGUUUCUGUUUAAUUUCUGUAUAAAAUAUAAAAUAGUAAUGGUCUUCUCAAAGUAUUCUGCCUUCUUUUUAGUUUUAUGGUGGCAAAUCUCAACCACUGUGUUAAAAAUUGAACAUAGUGAUGUUUCAGAACUUCGAGAUUAUGUGUAACAGGUUUCUGGUUGUGAAAAUCUCCACUAGCUGAAUAUUUGCACAGUGGCAGGUCAUUAAGGGGUAUAAUUUUGUAAGUAAUAUACAUUUCCCUGUUAUAUGAAAACUGACACCACAAGUUCUUCUCAGAAUCACUUGACUGAAAGAGCAUUGAACUUUGUCAUUAGUAUUCUGUAGUGUGUCUCAUGUCGUGAUACUUUGUCUGCAGCACAUGCCAGGUGGUGGUAUGAAUCAUAUUUUACUUGUACUGCUAUUGAAUAAAAAUGAGAAAUACUGGACAGUAUGACUGGUCUCCCUAAAGUAGCUGUCCAUUUCAUACAUUACCAGUAACAGUUAUAGCUAAAACUGUGUGCAUUAUGUAUAAUGAUCUUUAAAUAAUGGAAGCAGAGUCAGAAACGUCUGAUUGAAACUCCAUAUUUACACAGCUGAUUGCUGAAGAAGACUGAAUGAAUUUGUAAGCAGUCACUUCAGUGAUAGUUUCCUUAGUUACCACAGCACAAGUUCCCUACAUCCAACAGUAUUAAUUUCAUAAUGCAUUAAAGUACUUGAAGUUAUCACCUUAGACAUCAGUAAGAAUAAAGUGCAAUUGUGUUAAGAAACACUUCUACUGAUAACAGUAUGGGUAACAAAUGUAUUAUAUCAGCUUACAACUUACUGUUAAGGGACAUUGUUGAUGCUUGAGGUUAUACUAAUAAUAAAUAAAGAUUAAAAUAUUUUCCA